AUGUUGAGCCCGUUUGUGCAAGCAGGGAGCCAAGCUCAUCUUGAGGAGGAGCUUUGGGGUCCUGAGAGCAGAGCCAGGGAACCAGUGACAUAUGAGGAUGUGGCUGUGGACUUCACCCAGGAAGAGUGGCAGCACCUGGACCCUGCUCAGAAGACCCUACACAGAGAUGUGAUGCUGGAGAUCUACAGCCACCUGGUGUCUGUGGGGUGUUCAGGUAUAAAACCAGGUAUAAUCCUCAAGUUGGAACAUGAAGAGGACCCAUGGAUCAUAAAGAGUGAGUUGUCAAGGUGGAUCCACUCAGACAGAGAGAAAAGCCUUGACUCUUCCCAGCAGAUCAUUUCUGAAGAACUUUCAUUUCAAAAGGAGAUAUUGGAAAAAACCCCAAAGGAUAAUUCAUUGUAUUCUCUCUUAAAAGUCUGGCAUACUGAUGGUCAGAUAGAUAGGUAUCAAGGAAACCAAGACAGAGUUUUGAAGCAGGUCACAGUCACUAGCCAUGAAACAUUGGCCAAGGAGAAAGGCCCCAAAUGUAAUACAUUUGGAAAAAUACUUGGUGUGUGCAUAGACCUGGAUCCUUCAAGUAAAAAACUCCGUGAUUUUGAUUCAUGUGAAAAGAGCUUGAAAUCUAAUUUAGACUCACUGACAUGCAAUAGGAGCCAUGCAAGGAAGAACCCCAUUGAGAGAUUUGGAUGUGGGACACCACCUAGCUAUCAUGAUUCCUGUUCUGUGCCUGAGGAAAUUUACACUGGCAUGAAACCCUGUGGACAUAGUCGAUGUGAAAAAGGUCUCAAUCAUAAACAAGUCCAAUUUCAGGAUGAGAAAGAUCAAGCUGGUAAGAAACUCAAUGUUUGUAGUGAGUGUGGGAAAGGCUUUAUUAAGAAGUCACGGCUUAUUACACAUCAAAGAAUUCAUACUGGAGAGAAACCGUUUGUAUGUGGCGAUUGUGGAAAAGCCUUCAGUGAGAAAUCACACCUCAUUGUGCAUCAGAGGAUUCAUACUGGGGAGAAACCUUAUGAAUGUACUGAGUGUGGGAGGGCCUUCUCCCAGAAGUCACCCUUCAUCGUUCAUCAGAGAGUCCACACUGGAGAGAAACCCUAUGAAUGUUUUGAGUGUCAAAAAGCCUUCUCUCAGAAGUCACAUCUCAUUAUACAUCAGCGAGUUCAUGCUAGAGAGAAGCCCUUUGAAUGCAGUGAAUGUGGGAAAGCCUUCUGUGAGAAGUCUCACCUUUUUAUACACCAGAUAACUCAUACUGGGGAGAGACCCUAUGAAUGUACUGAAUGUGGGAAAACCUUCCCUCGGAAAACACAACUCAUCAUCCAUCGGAGAACACAUACUGGAGAGAAACCCUAUAAGUGUAGUGAAUGUGGAAAAACCUUUUGCCAGCAGUCCCACCUCAUAGGGCACCAAAGAAUUCACACAGGAGAGAAACCUUAUAUAUGUACUGACUGUGGAAAAGCCUUUUCCCAAAAGUCACACCUUACUGGACAUCAAAGGCUUCAUACUGGAGAAAAACCUUAUAUAUGUACGGAAUGUGGAAAAGCCUUCUCUCAGAAGUCACCUCUUAUUAUACACCAGAGAAUUCAUACAGGGGAGAAACCCUAUGAGUGUAGUGACUGUGGCAAAACCUUCUCCCAGAAAUCACCUCUCAUUAUUCAUCAGAGAAUUCAUACAGGGCAGAAACGCCAUGAGCGUACUGAGUGUGGAAGGGCCUUUUCCCUGAAGUCACAUCUCAUUAUACAUCAGAGAGCUCAUGCUGGAGAGAAACCAUAUGAAUGUAGUGAAUGUGGAAAGGCCUUCUGUGAGAAGUCUCCAUUAGCUGUACAUCAAAAAACUCAUACUAGGGAGAAACCCUCUGAAUCUGCUGAAUAUGGGAUGGCUUUUUCCCGGAAAUCACAGAUGAUCACAUAUCAGAGAACACACACAAGGGAGAAACCCUCCCAAUGCAGUGACUGUGGGAAGGUAUUCUGCCAGCAUAUAUACCUCACUGGACAUCAGAAUCCACAUAGGAGAGAAACCUCAUAUAUGUACUGAUUGUGGGAAGGUCUUCCCAGAAGUCAGACUUCGCUGUGCGUGAAAAAACUCACACUGAACCGAAAUCCUAUGGAUGUGUUGGACAUGAAAAAAAUGUGGCACCUCCUUAACUGUAGAAUAGAUUCAUAUGUUCCUACGUAUUUCUUUUUUUCUUUAAAGAUUUUAUUUAUUUAUUUA